UUUGCCGCCGUCGCGGGUUGAUGACGUAGGCGUUGCUUCAGCAACGAAUUAUGCUUCUUGUGCAUGCUGUGGCCCCUGCAAAUCCGUUCAACCCUCCUGAGUUGUAUUAUUUUAAAAACCAUAAAGACUGCACGAAGUCUAAGUCGUAGCUAGUUCGUAUUUUCCUAAAUAAUUCAUAGUUAUUUAAACGCGGAAACCAUUUAGUUAGCAACGCGAGCUAACAAACAUGGGCAUGUCAGAGGAGGACGAGCUGAAGAGUCUGAUCUCUACUAACACAGAAGAGACGUUUCUGGAAGUCUUGUCAAGGCUGAAAGACAUAUUAGGCAGAAAGUCUGUAGGAGACCAGAAGGAUUUAGAGGAAUGCAAGCAAAACCUUUACAACCUCGGAGUCCUGAGAUACUGCUCUGCUGCACUCAAAUUCAAUCCUGCCAAGGUUCUAGGGAGUUAUGCAUCCAUCACACAAAUGGCAGACCUCCUCAGCACCUGCUGUGUAGGCAAUGGCUCUGUGGGAGAACAAGACGUGUUUCGUCGUCAGUUUCUUCCAUCUGUAACUGACAACAUCCUGUUUCUCGCGCACCGCAUCAUGAACCGAGCCGUGCCGGAUAAAGGACAAUCGGAGAUGAUUCGCCUCUUCCGGAACGUCUAUAAUUCUCUCAGUUGGCUUCUUCGAGCUCACACUCAUCUGAUUCCCUGUGUUCUCCAUUCCAAACAUUAUGAGAGUGUGCAGAUGAGCGACGACGAUGAGGUCUCGGCAGUAAUACUAACGAUGUGGUACAAUCUGUUCAGGACGAACAGUGCUGUCGUAUCGGAGAUGGAAAGCAAAGCGCUGCACAGUAUCACAGAUGACAUCGUGUAUAAAAUGUCGAGCAGCUCCAACCCUGUGAUCGGGAGCACGGCCGUGAAGAUCUUGCUGUUGAUCACAGAGCAGAAGAGUUGCUCCGAGUCUCUGCAGCUUCACGAACGCUACAAAGGGCUGGAUGAUAUGGUGCUGAAGGACUGGCGAGGUAAAGGCUUCGAUGCAGCACUGAUGCAGCUUAUCCAUCAUCUGCAGUCUGAAGAUCUUGAAAAUCGCACACUGGCUCAGGACUCAUCCGAGGAAAGGGUUCGAGCUGCUUGCGUAAUCCAGGCUGCAUGGAGAGCUCAUCAGACCCGAUGCAGGCUGAAGAAACUCCCCAGAGCUGUAAGCAUGUUACAGAGGAGCUUCAGAGAGAGGAGACGCCAAAGGCAGGCAGAGACGGAGAUACGUCUUGCGGAGGAAGAACUGCGCCAUCAAGUGCGUCUGCGCAGACAGAGAGCCAUCCGGCAGUUCCGGCAGCGCCAGCUUCAUCUGAUGGAGAUUCUGCCUGCAGAGCACCUGGCACGGUUCCUGGGCGAGCUGGAGAACAGAGCAGCUCUUCUGAUCCAAAGAGUGUGGAGGGGGCACAGAGAGAGGCGGCAGUUUAAGCAGAACAGAUAUCAUCUCAGGCAGCACAAAGCUGCAGUGACUCUGCAGAGAGCAGUUCUGGCGUUUCUAAAGCGCCGGAGAUCUCAGAGGAACUUUGCAGCACCGUGGAAAAGCCCCAAAGGCCUGACCGAGACCAGGAGGGCAGAACUGAAGAGGCGGAUAGAAGAGCACAUCUCUCUUCACCCUUCCUCCGUGGUGUCAACAGAGGGCACUCUAGCGCUCCAUGAGCAGGCUCAGAGCAUGCUGCAGCAGCACCUGAUGACGAGAGGGUCGGAUCGUGCUCAGGAGCAGCACCGGCAGGCCUUGGUGGCGCAGAUCAACACGGACAUGGAGCUUCUCCUAAACGCUCCGUCGUUAAAAGAUUUGCGUGACGAAGACUCCUGCCUCUUCCUCAGCCGCUCGGGUCCGGUUGCCACGCGUGCCCGGCAGGCUCACAACACCCUGCUUCGGAGCAUGCACCUGCCGUGGUGGAGAAGGUUGGGAGAUGAGUUCUCCAGUCCAGAGACACUUCCUGAGAAUGACUACGACAUGGAGUUUGAGACUUUGUAUUUGGGUGGCAGGUGAUAAUUAUUUAUAAGAAGUACCUGAAUGACACAACUUUUUAUACAGAACUUUUUACAGCAUUUAUCACAAAGAUUUCAAAACAAUAUGUGGAUUAAUAAUCCCAAGUGAUUUAUAGUUUUGUAGACCACAGUAGAGUUUUUUCUUAUUUCAUUGAUGGUUGGUUUCUGCCGUUUCAAUAUUAAACACUAACCCACAGGGGCUUUUCUGCUGAA